CUCACACACCCACACACGCUUCCUCUCUCUCUCUCUCAAUUUUUUUUCUUUCAAUUAAUUUCUUUUCCUUUUUUAUUUUUCAUAAACUCCCGCCAAAAUCCCAUGGCUUUUCACGUUGCUUGCCCAAUUACAUGCCGGCGGAUCUGCUAUUGCGCACUGGGCUUUCCCUCGAAGCUCCAGAGCGAGAAGGGGAGGAGCGACUUCUUGGAGGAGAUUUUUAGGGUUGAGGAGUUCCUGACCGAUCCGUGGUCGAUUAGGGCGGGAGGGAGGACGACGGUGCAGAUCUCGGUCCCUCGGAUCACAGCGGCAGCAGGGUCGGUGGUGGCCGACGGUGGAGAUGUGGACGAGGUCUUUUCGGCGCAGAAUAAGCGGGCCGCACUGCAGAAGAGGGCGGUCGCUGCAUCUUUGGCGGCUGAGGAUUAUGCUAGGAGGUUCGAGACCGGCAAUCCGGCGGAUGUCUCUGGAAAAGCGGUGCUGGAUCUCAUUGGAGAAGAUUGUGGUUCAGCCCUUAUCAAAGUUAUGUGUCGGAUAUGCCUUUCUGGUGAAUUCGAGGGAAGCGACGGAGCAACACGAAUGCUCGCAUGCAGAAUUUGCAGUAAGAAGUAUCACAGGAACUGCUUGAGAAGAUGGGCUGAAUAUAGAGAUCUCUUUCAUUGGAGUUCUUGGGCAUGUCCCAUGUGCCGCAUUUGUGAGACGUGCCGAAGAUCUGGAGAUCCAAAUAAGUUCAUGUUCUGUAAAAGGUGUGAUGGUGCUUACCACUGCUAUUGUCAGCAGCCUCCACAUAAGAAUGUUACUCCUGGGCCUUUUUUGUGCGCGAAGCAUACAAGGUGUCACAGCUGUGGAUCCACAGUCUCUGGAAAUGGCUUUAGUACGAGGUGGUUUUUGGGGUAUACCUGCUGUGAUGCUUGUGGGAGAUUGUUUGUGAAGGGGAAUUAUUGUCCGGUUUGUUUGAAGGUUUACAGAGAUUCUGAAUCAACACCGAUGGUUUGUUGUGAUGCUUGCCAGCGUUGGGUGCACUGUCAGUGUGAUGGCAUCAGUGAUGAAAAGUACCUGCAGUUCCAAGCAGACAGAAACCUAUAUUACAAAUGUGCUGCAUGCCGUGGAGAUUGCUACCAGGUGAGGGAUCUCGAUGAUGCAGUUCAAGAGCUUUGGAGGAGGAGAGAUGAAGCUGAUCUUGACCAAAUUGCAAGCUUGAGGGCAGCUGCAGGACUGCCAUCUCAGGAGGAUAUAUUUUCUAUUCCCCCCUUUUCAGAUGAUGAAGAAAAUGGCCCAGUUAUAGUGAAGAGUACCUAUGGGCGGUCCUUGAAGCUUUCUGUCAAAGGAUAUGUUGAGAAAACACCAAAGAGUAAUAAAGAAUAUGGGAAGAAAUCAUCAAAGAGCAUGUCCUUGAAAAAGAAGUAUGCUAAGAAGAAAGGAUUUCAGUUGUCAUUAAUGAGUAAAACAGAAGAACAACAUCAAAGUUUUGAAAGACGGCAUGAGGGACAAUCAUUGGGGAGCAGCCUGGGAGAUGUAAGGACCAAUGGCAUGCGGUCAUAUAGAAGUGAAGGGCCAGAGGAAUUUUCACCUCUUACUACAAAAAAUCUGAGCAAUGACAAAGAGAAAUACUCCAUUAAUGAACCUGGAAAUGCAACCUAUAGCUUUAUUCAGGAAGCUGUGGUGGACAAAAGUGAUAGGAACUCCAAACUGUUACAAAUUAAGAGUCGUAAGCCACAAGGUCUGCAUGUUGGGGAAGGUGCUGGAGAACAUGCUAGCAAAACUGAGACCGUGAAAGGAACAAAACUAGUAAUACAUUUAGCUGCAAGCAAUAGAAAUUUAACCAACUCUCCAAGGUCUGAAGCUCCUAGCUGUCAUAAAGAGCCAAAUUUAGCACACUCCAAUGGUAAUGAAUAUACUAGCCAGCAAAAGGCAAAUGAUGGUAUGCCUGGACUUGAUAACGGAAAAGGAGUUAUACUUGAUGAUGCAAACCAGUUAAGGAGUUCAAAGCAGAGAGGAAGGGGAAGUAGCUUGAUAAAGCUGGGAAAUGUGAAGUCAAGCUUUUCAGAGUUUAAUUCCCCAAACAAUAGAGGAGAUACUGCAGAACAAUUGGAGUCUACCGCUCUAGACGAUAGAGUUGUAUCGGCAAGGAACUGUGAAGGCACGACUGCAGUAGAGCCAAACACGCAUGACGAGGUAGCACUGGGAAAACAAUUAAAAAGCACAUCUAUUAUUUUACAUGGCGAAAGCCAUGAUGGCACACUCUCACCAUCUGGUUCUGGCUCAUCUUCCAAAGACCCCAAACCAUUGCUGAAGCUAAAGUUCAAGAACCCGUAUUUGGUCAAUCAAAGUUCUUGGGUACCUCAAAGUGAGGAAGAGAAAAGUUCUGUUAAAGGGCAGAGGUCAAAAAGGAGGAGACCAUCGCAUGUUGUGGAGAAAGCUCCAGUAACGGAAGAUGAGAAGGAUGGGCAAUUGCAUCAGGAAGAUCCGAUAGAUGAAGUCAUGGAUGCCAACUGGAUAUUGAAGAAGUUGGGUAAAGAUGCGAUUGGAAAAAGAGUUGAAGUCCAUCAGUUGUCAGACAAUUCUUGGCACAAGGGUGUGGUUACCGACAUGAUCAGAGGCACAUCGUCUUUAGCUGUUCAUCUGGACAAUGGAACGUCCAAGAUCUUGGAACUUGGUAAGCAAGGUGUUCGCCUCAUUCCCCAGAAGCAAAAGCGGACUAAAAUGUGAAGUUGGCCCGGUUUAUAUGGGUUUUUAUUAUGCUGAGAAGACCUGUCUCUCAAGGUGCAGAGGCGGUUUUUACAGGAACUAGAGCUUUGUGCACUGCAAUUUUUCGACAGUGGUGAUGCCCAUCGCUCAAGGCGCAGAGGCAGUUUCUACAGGAACUAGAGCUUUGUGCACCGGUGGAAAUGCCUCCCUUGUUUGUUGGUGGUGUGAUUGGUCGACCAGAGCUUUUGUUGUAUAAUAGAGUAACAAGGCCUAUCCAUAUAUCAAUUGGCUGCAUUUGUCACCACUAUUUCAAUAUAUCCUUUGUCAUUUUUCCAUUUUAUCCUUGUUGCUUCAACCCAAGGAAUCAACCAUUUCAAGAGCAUAAAAACAGGAAGGUGUAUGGAAUGAGGAAAUGCAUUUGAUUGAAGUUCUUUUAUUUACUACUCAA